AUGAUCACCCCUGUGGUUCGACGCAUUUCAGAAUACUUGGUGAAACCACGUGGUUUAACCCAAGUCUCAAACCAAACAUGCAAUUUAACAUCCUGGGAUAUUGCUAUGUUGUCUAUGCACUAUAUCCAGAAAGGUCUGCUAUUCAAGAAGCCUGCAACCCUACUUGAUGAACAUGCUUUCAUACAAAAUCUGUUGGAGAACCUCAAACACUCUCUUUCUCUUACCCUCUUCCAUUUUUAUCCAUUGUCUGGUCGCCUUGUCACCCACAAAACCCAAAACCCUCCCACUUAUACUGUUUCUGUUGAUUGUAACAACAGCGAUGGAGCUAGAUUCAUUUAUGCAACUCUUGAUAUGACCAUAGCUGAUAUCCUCUCCCCCAUUGAUGUCCCACACAUUGUUCAAUCACUCUUUGACCACCACAAAGCAGUUAACCAUGACGGUCACUCCAUGCCGCUCUUGUCCAUCCAGGUCACUGAACUAGUCGACGGUGUUUUCGUAGGUUGUUCCAUGAAUCACGCUGUCUGUGAUGGCACUUCUUAUUGGAAUUUCAUCAAUACAUGGUCUCAGAUAUUCCAAGCUCAACCCCAAGCCGAUGAAUAUGACGUUCCCAUUCUGCACCAACCUAUUCACAACCGCUGGUUUCCAAGUGAUUGCACUCCACCAAUCAAUCUUCCUUUCAAACAUCAUAACGAGUUCAUCAGCAGGUUUGAAGCACCCUUGCUGAGAGAGAGAUUCUUCCACUUUUCAGCAGAGUCUAUAGCAAAACUGAAAGCAAGGGCAAACUCAGAGUCCAACGAUAGUAAUACCUCCAAAAUCUCUUCAUUCCAGUCAUUAUCAGCACUGGUGUGGAGAUCAAUAACUCGUGCAUGCUCUCUACCGUAUGAACAAAAAACAAGAUGUAGGUUAGCUGCAAACAAUAGAUCAAGAAUGGAACCGCCUCUUCCACACGAAUACUUUGGAAACUCAAUUCAUAAGGUGAGUGCAGAAACGAGAGUUGGGGAAUUACUUGAGAAUGAUCUUGGAUGGGCUGCAUUGAAGUUGCACUCUGCUGUUACAAGGCACAAUGACAGAGAGGUGUUGCAAUCAGUCCAAGAGUGGUUACAGUCUCCGGUGAUCUACCAACUUGGUCAGCCCAUGGAGGCGUUCGUUGUGAUGAUUAGUAGCUCGCCCAGGUUCAACAUGUAUGGGAAUGAGUUUGGAAUGGAGAAAGCAGUGGCAGUUAGAAGUGGGUAUGCCAAUAAAUUUCAUGGGAAGGUGAUAUCAUAUCCAGGACGUGAAGGAGGGGGAAGCAUCGAUUUGGAACUCUGCCUUUUGCCACAUGCAAUGUGCUCUCUCGAAUCAGAUGAGGAGUUUAUGAAUUCUGUUUCAAUUUCCACUACCUUAUACUAGCUACUAUGCUAUAAUCUUCACACUGUUUCGUUCCUGAAUAAGUCAGAUAUUACUUGUAUGGGUUAAAUGAUGUCUUAUGCUAGUUUGCUAAGUUUCCAGUGUUUCACGUUUCAACGUAUGAAAUGUGAUUAUGUGUACGUCGUUUUAUGUUAAAAUUUCUUGGAUUGAUGUCUUGCACUAGUUUA